CUAUAGUCAGAAAAAUGGCAGUCGUGUAAUUUUAAUAAAAUCUCGUUAGCGUUUGCGUACAAAUUUCUAGAUGUUCUGAGUAGAAAAUGUCGUUUUCAGAUUUGUAUGCGAAAUACAAUUGUACUUAUUGUCAGGAAGAAAUUAAUGGUGUGCGUGUAAGAUGUGCAGAAUGUAAAGAUUUUGAUAUUUGUUUGCAGUGUUUUUCGCUGGGUGCUGAGAUUGGCGCGCACAAAAAUGAUCACUCUUAUCAAUUUAUGGACUCGGGAGCGUUUGGUAUUUUUUUAGGUCGAAGUAGUUGGUCUGCAAAUGAGGAAGUUAGGCUUUUAGAUGCAAUAGAACAAUUCGGUUUUGGUAACUGGGAAGAUAUAUCUAAACACAUAGAAACACGGUCACCUGAUGAGGCAAAAGAUGAAUACAUAACUAGAUAUUUGGAGGGAAGCAUAGGACGGGCAACAUGGGGCAAUGUAGAAAGCACUAGUCGCCCAUUGUUGCAAUGUGCGGAUAGAGAUGAAGGCCCUCUUAGUCCCAGUGCCAUCUCUCGAUUACAGCCACUAGCUGUAGCAGCGGACGAAGCUGCUCAACUUGUUUAUUCAUCAAAUAGGGAUGAUUUUGAAACGGAGCAUGAUCAUGAAGCCGAGCAAUUAAUAUCUGCCUUGUCUCUCAAUUCAGAGGAUGAUGAAUUAGAUGUUGCCCUUAAAUUGAGUCAAGUAGACAUUUAUACGCGCCGGUUGCGGGAAAGGACGAGAAGAAAAAGACUGGUUCGAGAUUAUCAACUAGUUUCGGUGUUCUUUAAUAACCAGAGAAACAAACAAAAGACACUUGGGAAACUUGCCAAAGAGAAAAAAGAUUUUUUAGAGCGCCUGCGCUGGACUGCCCAGUUCUACGGGCGCAGCGAGCAAGCGGCAGUAGUGGCUGGGCUGUGGCGGGAGAGAGAGCUGCGCGUGCGCUUAGCGGAACUACAUCGGUACCGGCUGGCGGGGGUCACGAGGCUCGAGGAGUGCGCUCACUAUGAACAGCACGCGGCCCACAGGAAGCAUCCUCACCACCUCGACGUGAGACGCGCGAUGGGCAGCAGUGGGUGCCUGGACACGCACCAGAUAAAAGAUCAAACGCUGACCAGCACGCAGCUUCUAAGAAAAAGAGACGCAGAAAGCGGCUUAAGUUCCACCAGCCCAAAGUGCACACGGGACGGAAGUACCGCAUGUGGCUGCUCCAAAAAGAGCUCCUGCAACAGCAACGGCGCCGGAUGCUCGACGCAGCUACUGACCACUAACGAGAUGCAGUUAUGCAACGUGCUCAAUCUGCCGCCGACGCAGUACGUGACGAUGAAGGGCGUGCUAUUGCGUCGUGCGCCCACACACGACAGCGAACUAGACCUCGCCAUCAGACACUACUUGCACAACGCAGGCUGGGUACGCAACUAGUACACGCCCCCUCCCCUCGAGUACCCCCAAGCGAGGAUCACGGAGCUUUAAUACCUAUUACUAUUCUGUUUAGCCGGCGAAGGAUUCUAAGACUGUAACAACAAGCGAAGCAAGUGUUUCGAAAAUAGAAUUCUGAGUGUAGCCAGCCGUUAGUAAUUUUUCAGCUGUGCGGAAGACGACUUUUCAUCUCAGUACAGCCAGAAAAAAUAUUAAUGUAAAUAUAGUUAAUCAGCUUUCAAUAAAGACUUUAAAGUCGCAAUAGACUUUUCUCGUGCGUAUUUCUAACAAAAAAGUGAGCCACUGAGGUGUUGAAUGAAAAUUAUAUAAGUUGAUUUAAUGUUUAAUGUGCCGGUAACAUGCAUAUUACAUGUAACGCUCGCGUUAACUGUAGUUAAGUGUGUGAUCACAGCAG